AUGUAGAUCUUGUACGAGUAUCUAAAAUAAUAUAAUGCCGAAGAUGGGUUACCACAGGAAUGGUACAUACCUACCUACCAACGGAAAAUGUUUAUAUGUAUAAUACUAUUUUGACUUCAAAAAUCCAGUGAAAUGUGUGACUGUUCUGCAGAAUUGGAAAGUAAAUCUUCGCGCCCCAUUCCGUCGCUACAGUCCGAAGCAUCAUCCCUAAGUGCUUGCGAGUGGAUGGGCUGGCCCUCGCGGAGCUCAGCCUCCUCGCAGGGUGGGGAGGGAAGACCUAAGACCUGGAUGUCGAUAACGGUGUUAGGAUUGGGAGGCACUACUUUGACCCUAUUUGCCCUAUUCUAUAAGUUCAAAGACAAGAUUAAAACGUUGAUAUGGGGUAGCCCAAGCGACCCUUGUAACGGACUCGGAAGGAAAACGAAACAAGUGCGAGAAAAGAACAAGCUGUGUGUUUGUUAAUAAAAAGGAAAACCAAAAUUAACAAUUGCAUUUCUUAACAUUUGUUUACAAAAUACUCAAUAAAAGGUUAUUGGAUUGAGG